AUGCAUUUCUCCCUCUUCGCCAUUGUUGUUGCUUUGACAGCACCUAUAUGCGCGGUGAAUCUUGCAGGUCAGAUGGGGAGUGCUGCACUCAAUGGUGUUACCACUUUGUUGGGUGACGGCCUGUCAGUGCGGAUAGUCACACUUGCCGAAUUUACCGUCCGCUCGCCAGGUGUCGGAUUCAAAGACUUCAGAGGAACUGUGACACUAAGAUCGGGACGAGAGAGCGGGAGUUCCAGCGAGCGUUCUGUUGUGACGAAUAAGAGAAUUGAUGAUGCCUGCCAGCAAGUCAUGAUACAACCGUAG